AUGUCUGAUUAUUCAUUUGGUAUGGCGCAAAAAGUUAAAGAUGCUAUUAUGGUCCUAUUACGCGUGCAUGUGGUUCAAUCUGCUUUUUGGAAAAUGGUUGUUCAUUUAUGGAAUCUUUGCUUAAAUAGUGCGACAAUCAUAACUUGUACUCUGCAAACAUUGAUCAAUAGCUUCCUUCUGCUAGCUUUCUUCACUGAUAAUAAACUUCGCUCGAAUAGCAAUUUAUUUCUCCUUAUAUCCUUGACAUUUACCGAUUUAUUAUAUUCUGUUACAGAACUUCCCUACGUUAUAUAUAUGCUUUGUGGUUGGGCUGCAGAAGGUGAUAUUUAUCAUUAUAAUGUAAAAACAAUGACCUAUCUUGGAAGUAUACCUAUGGUAUUCAUGAAAGCCGACAUCGUUCUCACAACUUUUAUCGCCGUGAGCCGGGCUUUAGCACUCUUUUUCCCUUUAACAUAUUUUCGAUCAAAUAAAAAGCGAAUUUUCAUCUUGAUGCUUAUUUUGACGACAUCAAUCGCAAUGUUCGACAUAAUAGUUUGUUAUUCAUUUAAGAAAUCCAGGGAAAGUUAUGAUUGUUUUUCAUUUGGUUGCUGUAUUGGAAAAAUUUAUCGUAUCUAUCGAGGUGCAACAAAUUUAAUUUUUCACCUAUUUACCUGUUUUAUAACAAUCGCUGUUAUUAUUUGCCCACGAAAAACAGUGAAAGUUGGUGACCAAAGAGCUCAAGUUCGUCGCAAGACUGAGGAGGCUAAUUUUCGAGAACUUGAUUUCAUCAUUCGUUUUUGCACAUCACUUAAUAUCCUGGCUCAUUCAUUUAUUUUUGCAAUAGCUCAUAAAGAUUUACGAAAAAGAUUAACCGAAAUAUUCAAUAGUAAAUCAACGACAAAAAUUAUUCGAUCAUCAAUACUACCAACAAAUAACUCGAAAGCCCAUCCUUGA